AUGGCGCAAUCUGGGCUUUCGUCAACACCCGGGAGCGGGGACGGCAGUGGUGGCCGGCGGCGCAGGGUCUACGGGUACUUCAAAGCGGCGAAUGAGCUACGCCAGGCCUAUCAGGCUCAAUGGACCUCACAGAAAAACGAAUACAACAGUGAGGAUUAUUACAAUACACCAGGCGCCUUUCCAGAUGUGGAGAUCGCGCGCUCAGGCGAUGAGGAAAUGGUGUUAUUCCCCAGUUAUGCGAGGCGCUUAACGUACAAGCCAAAAAAGAGUGCUGGUGCGCCCUCCCGCCGUGAAUCCUGGUCUCGCGAACUCGAUGAAUAUCACGGCGUGGACCAUGAGCGCCACUCAGAAGACGGCUGGGAUAAAUCAGAGGCUGAAGAUGCGGUUGUGGAAGUCGAUGUGCGUGGCUGGAUCUAUGCACCUGGUCGAGAGCCGAUGAGUAAGAAGCAUCGCCUCAUGAUCACGCUGGCUAGGCAGCUGAGUGGUGUACAAGCUCCUUCUGCUGCAAAGAAUGGACAGAGCUCAACAGCAAGUAAAGGCGAAGACGAGUAUGUGAAUAAGCAGAUGGAGACUCUGGUUGACUCGGCGGAGAAAGAUGCGGACCAGGCUUGGAAGAGCUCUCGCGUUGAUCAGUCCCGAGGCACCGGCCAACCGACUCCUUUGAGUAAGGAUGAAAUGACCAUAGCCAACGCACAACUGAUGGAAAGACUUCGUCCGUUCUUGACCAACCCUAUUGCUGGGCUGGGUGUCAUGGCGUUCUUCUUUAAUGAGGAGGAGAGUGUAUCACGAACUUUACGAACAGACGAGUCGGGACAUUUCACGCUACGUGCUGCGCUACCGUUCGUCCCAACUCACGUUCGGGUCUUAGCCUCCGAAGACCUAUGUGCUGCAAAACCGAUCCAGCUCGUUGAGCCGACUGGCAUCAGCCUGAUCAGUGAUAUUGAUGAUACCGUCAAACACUCCGCCAUUACUAGUGGCGCGAAAGAGAUGUUCCGCAACACCUUUGUUCGUGACCUUAACGAUUUGACCAUUCAAGGAGUCAGCGACUGGUAUCAAGAGCUAGCCAAGCGUAAUGUGGACUUCCACUACGUUUCAAACGCUCCAUGGCAACUAUACCCUCUGUUGGAGAAGUAUUUUAAGCUUGUCGGACUGCCUCCGGGCUCCUUCCAUCUCAAAGCUUACUCUGGUAUGCUGCAAGGAAUCUUCGAGCCCACUGCCGAGAGAAAGCGAGGCAACCUUGAGCAGCUUUUGCGUGACUUUCCUGAACGCAAGUUCAUUCUGGUUGGCGAUAGCGGCGAAGCCGACCUGGAGGUUUACACCGAUAUUGUGCUGGCUAACCCCGGUCGAAUCUUGGGAAUAUUCAUUCGAGAUGUGACAACGACAGAUAAGAAGCCUUUCUUCGACCAGUCGGCCGGAAACCCAGAAGGGUCUGUGAGUCGUAGUCGCAGUACUCCGCAAUUGGUGGAUCAUUCAGACUCUCAUCCCAACAGGCCUGCGUUACCGCCCCGGCGAGCUCAAGAUCCAUCGUUUUCCCGGGAUGAUAUGAAGAGCAUUGACAACGGCGACUUGAUUGAUCUUCGCGAUGAAGAGGAACAGACGCCGUUUGCACCAGACGUGCCCGUGUCUACGAAGCCGCGUGUGCCACCCCUGAAGCCAACCAAGCCAUCUUCUUUACGCACAACGGCAGCACCAGGACAGGUUGAGACUUUAUCUGGCAAGGCAAACCCACCACCACCGCCAGUACGACGAAAGGCCGUGCCUCCCUUACCGGCUCGACAACCGGUCCAAACAGUUUCAUCGGUCAAUUUUGAACCAUCUCCAGUAUCCCGCAGUCGCACCGAGCCGUUCACGAACGAGAUUUAUUCAGCCGACACUAUAGAUGCACCAGGCUCUGGGCAAGGACGGCCCAAGCAACCUCCUCCUGUGCCCCCACCGCGACGUACCAACACGUCUUCGUCAAAUGCCAGCUCUCCGUCGAGCACACCGACUACCUCUCGACCCGUACCACAAACACCUGCAAAGACGUCAUAUUUACCGUCAUACCCAGUAUCUGCGGCUCAGGCUGCUCUCCAAUAUGCUACUGAGCGACUUAAUCUCUCUUCAUCACCUUCGCUAGGCCUGCGAAAGCCCGCAUCUAACCAAUCUUUGCCACGGACGGCUAGUGACUCCGCCAUGCCACCGGCACCACUCCCCAACAAGCGUGAGGAGCUCUGGCGCCGUCGGUGGGAGCGCGCAUCAGAGAUUCUGCAGAGGCAGAAUGUUGUCCUAGGCAGCUGGCGGGUUGGAAGCGAUGCGCUGCCAGUGAGCGUGUGGUUGGUGGAAGAGGCACAGAAGGAUAUGCAGGCGGGUGCAGGACGCCAGCCUUAG